UGCGCUCGAUACGCUGAUAAGAUGUUAUACACAAGUACAUAUAUAUUAGCGUAUAGACCCACUACUUUUCUUCAGUAUCUUUGUUAAGCGCAGUGCCGCAGUAUAUAAUACUUAAAUUCAUACUAAACGUUAACUGAGAAAUGGAUCGAAACCCUAAAAACAAAGUGGUAGUGAUAACUGGAGGCGCAGGGGGCAUAGGGUAUGAAAUGGCGGACCAGUUUUUACAAAAUGGAGCCAAAACUGUAAUCCUUUUGGACAUCACUGAAGCAGCCGGCGUUACAGCUGCCCGAACACUAAAUGAAAAACAUGGAACAGACAAAGCAGUUUUCAUUAAAUGUGAUAUAACAAAAGAUUUGGAAAAAGUCAGCAGUGAUAUUUUCCAAAAAUAUGAAGUUGAUGUUUUAAUCAACAACGCGGGAAUAUUAGACGAGAGUGAUCUCAGGAAGACGAUAGAAAUCAAUUGUCUAGCUUUGAUGGAAUGGAGCAUGAAGUUCUUCGAGCACUGGAGAGUCGACCAGGGAGGUCGAGGUGGCACAAUCUUCAAUGUAUCUUCAAUUUAUGGAUUCGAGUACAAUCCUUGGCUAGUCUACUAUAAAACUUCGAAACAAGCUGUAUUGGGCUUUACCAGGUCAUUGGGUCAUCCUUUUAACUACAACAUAACUGGUGUGAGAGUCAUUGCCAUCUGUCCUGGAUUCACAAAAACUACAAUAUUGGAGGGCAAAUCAUGGGACAUUCACGAAGCUGGUUUCAAUAAAGUGAUGGAAGAUGUGGUAAUGCAGGUACCAGAGGUAGUUGGCAAGGCCGCUGUAGAGAUCUACGGUGUGGCUGACAGUGGAACUGUGUGGGUAGCGGCAAACAAUGAACCCAUCAAACUUGCUCCAAUGUGUUAAAAAGAACUUUUAAUAAACUAACUCUUCGAAUGUAAAAUGUAAAUUCAUAUGCCCUAAUGAUGAAUCUGUGGCAAAAUAAAACUUUAUAAAUAUUA